AUGCCAAACCCUGCAUGUCGGCUGCACGGCCAUCACGUGUCGAUAUCUCCUUGCCCACAACUAAUUUCCACGAAGCCCUCAAUUUAUGACAAAAAAGAUCUCACCUUUACAGAGUCCUCUGUUUUGUUAUCUCUAUCCGAGCUUCAUUUCACUCUGCAGAAGCUCGAUUUCUUGUUACAAGACUGCAGCCGCGAAAAUUCAAGGCUAUGGCUGUUAAUGCAUUCGGAAAAAGUCUCGUUUCACUUUCACAACCUCGUUCGAAAUAUCGCCGUGGCUUUGGAUGUUUUGCCUUUAUCUGCACUCGAAAUUCCCGAUGAAGCUCGAGAGCUGGCGGAGCUCGUGAGGCACCGGGCUCGGAUCGCGGUCUUCGAGAUGGAAGACGAAGAUAAACGGGCCGCGGGCUUGGUUUUGCGAAUUAUCGGGUAUUUCGAAUCAGGGGUCGCCCCGGAAUCUGGUGACCCUGGUGACCUGAAACGAGUUCUCGAUUAUUUGGGAAUCGGGACGUGGAGCGAGUGUGAUAACGAAAUAAGGUUCUUGGAAAGUCUAACGGGCCCGGAAUUUGGCGGGAAAAAGGACGAGGCCCGAUUCAUUUGCGACUUAAUCGCGUUCUUGAUUUGUUGCAGGUGCAUUGCAUUAAAAAAUGUGGGGGGAGGUUUUUCUGAAAAUAGUGUUGCGGCACGCAGAUUAGAUUUUCAGGUCGCGGGUUUUUCGAAUAUCGACGACUUCACGUGCCCGAUUUCCUUGGAAAUCAUGGGCGAUCCAGUGACAAUCCAGACUGGCCACACGUACGACCGGAAAUCCAUCACCAAAUGGUUCGAAUCCGGCAACCGCACGUGCCCCAAAACCGGGGAGCGGCUGGUUUCGCUGGAACUCGUCCCGAACCUCGCUCUAAAGCGGCUGAUCACGCAGUGGUGCCAAGAAAACGGGGUACCGUUCCCCGGGGGGCGUUUUUGUAAUUCGGCGAAACCACUCGAUUUUGCCUCGGGAAGUCCCGCGGCCGAGCGGGCAGCGGGGAUCGUCACCCAUUUUCUCGCCGGGAAAUUAUUCACCGGAAGAGACGACGAGCGGGGGAAGGCGUGCCAGGAGAUUCGACUCCUGACCAAGACGAGCAUUUUUUGCAGGUCUCGUCUGGUCGAGGCCAACGCAAUCCCGGGCCUCUUGGAUUCGAUUCGUCACAAAGAAAAUCCGGAGGCAGAGGAAAAUGCGGUAGCCGCACUACUGAAUCUCUCGAAGCUUGCCGAGGGUAAGAAAGCAAUCGUCGAAAAUCGAGGAGUGGACAAUAUCAUCCAAGUCUUGAAUGGAGGGGCGAAAAUGGAAACCCGGGCCCAUGCGGCCGGGGUUUUAUUCUAUCUCUCGUCUGACAAGAGGUGCCGGGAGACGAUAAACCGGCAUCCAGGCUCUGUCGUGGGCCUCGUUGGGUUGAUCCGUGCCGGGUCGGGCCAGUGGAGGAGGAAUGGUUUGGCGGCAGCCUUGGUUCUCCUGGUGGGCCCGGAGAGCCACCGGAGGUUCCUAUCGGCCGGAUUGGGCCUCACGUUAGUCAAUGUGCUGACCGAGGCAAGCGGCAAGGAGGAUGACGUGGCGGAUUUGCUGUCGGUUUUGGCAGUUUUGGCGGAGAAACCCGAAGGGGCCAAGGCGAUUAUUAGUGCCGGGGGCCUGCCGAUAAUUAUCAAGAUUUUGGGGUCGCCUAGCGAUUAUUGCAUCUCGAGGUCCACGAAAGAGUGCUGCGUUUCGGUGCUGCUGGCUCUGUGCACCCAAGGUGGGUCGGAUGUGGUCCCCGUUUUAGCAAGGGACUCGUCGGUUAUGACGGGCUUGUACUCGAUUCUUGCGGGCGGGUCGUGUGGGCCCAGCAGGAAAGCGGGCUUGUUGAUCGGGAUCUUGCACGCGUUUGGAGAGACGAGACUGUCGGGCUCGAGCUCGGGCUCAUCCAUUGGACCGGGCAUUGGGCCCGAGCAAUUUGUUCAUGUGUGGUGA